UUUGGGAAAUUUUUUCUUUCAUUUAAAAAUUUUUUUUUUUUUUUGGGAAAUGACCAUCCCUUCGUUAUAGUCGGAUAUUUGGCGAUCGGGGGUGCGAAACACGACGAGUGAGCGUUUGCGAGUGUGGAAGAGAGAGAGAGAGAAGGGCGAAGCAGACAUGAGCUACCAGCAAGCCCCAACUUCCUAUCCUCCACCAGGGUAUAGCCAUCCGUACCCUCCACCGCCACCUCAAGCAGGGUACGCUUAUCCUGGUCCUGCUCCGCCUUCCUCUGGGUUUUAUCCUCCGCCUCCUCCGCCUCCGGGCUAUCAGAGCUACUUCAAUGAUGACUAUGGCCAGCCGGGACCACCCCCGCCUCAACCUCCUUCUCAGAUGUAUUACCACCAUCAUCACCACCAUGAAGAUGACGGUUGCCUUUCUUUUUUGAGGGGAUG